AAAAAGUGACAGGAAACAAGCGCGAGGAGAGCACGAGCGCUUCUUCUUCUUCUUCUUCUUCUUCUUCUUCAAGUGGAAAGCGAGAGAAGAAGAAAGUGAGCGAAAGAGAGAGAGAACUCCUCUCCUCCUCCAUGUCGCUCCCCGGCUCCCCGCCGCUGCUCUCGCCGGGCUCCGGCGCCCCGACCCCGGCCGCGCUGUACCGCUCUGCGCCGGACGCGCUGCUCCACUCCUCCGGCGGCCCCUCCAGCCCGGGGGGCCACGCCACCCCCACCCCCACCACCACCCCCACCAACUCCCACGCGCACCCGCUGUCCCUGUCCCCGUCGCCGCGGCUCACCAGCAGCAUGCUCAGCGCGUUCCUGCCCGGCCCCGGGGGCGCGCUGGCCGGGCUGGGCAACGGCGGCGGCGGCGGCGCGGCCCCGCUGCUGCCCGGCGGCGCGGCUCUGGGGCCGCCGCUCGGCGGGCUCGGCUCGCUGCACGCCGGGCUGCUGACCCCCGGGUCCCCCGGCUCCCCGGGGCCGGGCAGCGAGUGCCGGCUGGUGGAGGUGCACGGCGUGAAGGUGGCGAGCUUCGGCGCGGACGGCCACGAGCUCAUCUGCCUGCCGCAGGUGUUCGACCUGUUCCUGAAGCACCUGGUGGGCGGGCUGCACACCGUGUACACCAAGCUCAAGCGGCUGGACGUCGCGCCGAUGGUGUGCACCGUGGAGCAGGUGCGCGUGCUGCGCGGGCUCGGCGCCAUCCAGCCCGGCGUCAACCGCUGCAAGCUGAUCUCCCGGAAGGACUUCGAGUUGCUGUACCAGGACUGCACGAGCGCCAGCUCUCGUCCGGGCCGUCCUCCGAAGCGUUGCUCUGGAGCCGGGAUCCAGGAAAGCCCCCGGCUGCUGCACCUGGGCCUGCUGUCCCCCAGCCUGCUGGCCCACCCCGGCCUGACAGCAGCAGCCAUGGCUGAGCUCCAGAAGCUGCAGAAGAUGAAGAUGAUGAUGAGUCUCCAGAACGGCAACGAGUCGGACGACGACCUGCACUCCAACACCGGAGGCAGCGAGUGUUCUUGGGAUAAGGAGCGUCUGACCAGCCCUGUAGGAGCCCACGGAGGAGGAGGAGGAGGAGGAGGAGGAGGAGGCGGCGGCGGCAGGGGGCCGGCCCUCGGAGCUGUCAAUCAACAACAACUCCAGCAGCAGCAACAGCUCCUGGCCAACAGUGAGUACACAAACUGGUUGGACCUGCCCUUCAUGAUGAUGCCCCACCCCCUGCUGCCCCUGGGCCUGCCCCCGGCCUCGGUGGCGAUGGCCAUGUCGCAGAUGAACCACCUCAACACCAUCGCCAACAUGGCCGCCGCCGCCCAGCAGAUACACACACACGUGCACAGGGCGCCGGUCAUCAAGGAGAGAGUGUGUGACAGUCCCUCUCUCUCUCCAUCUGUUGACGAGGCCAACACUCCUCUGCAGUCGCAGCCCAGCAGCUCGGCCUCCAGCUCGCCCGAGAGACUCGGAUUGGUGUCAAUGGAUGCAGAUGUUGCUCUGACCAACCCGGCUGCACCCAUCAAGAAAAUAACAAAGGACAAAGACGAGUGCUCGCUGGCUCAAGCCCCGCCCCCCGGCUUCCCCGCUCCGUUCCUAUUCGCUGACGGGCUGUCGUCAGUGGAGACGCUGCUCACCAACAUCCAGGGCCUGCUGAAGGUGGCGGUGGAGAACGCCCGUGUCCAGGAGAAGCAGAUCCAGAUGGAGAAGCGGGAGCUGAAGCUGGAGCUGUACAGGGAGCGCGAGAUGAGGGAGAGCCUGGAGCGGCAGCUCACCUCGGAGCUGCAGAGCCGAGCCUCCAUCCAGAAGCGCCUGAAGAAGGAGAAGAAGGCCAAGAGGAAGCUGCAGGAGGCGCUGGAGUUCGAGUCCAAGAGGCGGGAGCUGAAGCACUCGUCCUCGUCCUGCCCGUCUCCAGAGCCGCUGCACGCCGCCAACAGCAACCAGAACGACGCUGCAGCCGCCGCCGAGAAACCCGAACUUAAUGGAAACCAGCAAGACAACGGCGCUGUGCAAGACUCCCGGUCGUUUCUGAAGAACCCGAUGAUGUUCUAGAGAGACAGGCCCCGCCUCCCGAAGCCACGCCCCCUCCCUGCACAGAAGAACUCCACCAGCCCUCUUCCACAGGAGGGAUUCAACUCUUUGAUGUUGCUUUGAAACAAUAAGACUACGAGGAGGACCCCCCUCUCUUCUUCUUCUUCUUCGAGAAGCUUCACUCCAUUCUUUCCGCUUCUUUCUUCUUCCCGCUCUGAACUUCUCUCGUUUAUUUAGAGAAAGGAACGGAGAAAUCAAACCGAGCGAUUUGAUUGGCCGACCUGCUUGAAGUGGACCAAUCAGACGAGAGCUUCUGCUUCCUGAGACAUUAAAAGACUAAAUGUUCUUCAAAAGGAAUAUGAAUGAAAAAAGAUUCAAGCCCCUCCCCACCCGCUGCCUCUGGGUUUGACAGAACCCCAUUGGCUGGCUGUGAACACCCCUCUGAUUGGACGAUAAUCAGCUAGUGGGAGGGGCUAAAAAAGUGUUAAGAUAGUUAAUUUCUGUCCCAAGUUUGAUUGGUUGUUUUAUUUGAACUCUUCCUCACAGGCACCGAAUGCAUGGGAACACGUUACUGAUGAUGUCAUCGGGUUCGCUUGAUCUCCUCACCUUCACCUCUCGUACUCUCUUUCUUUUCUAUAACGCUCCUCUUAUAUCUCUCGCCCCCCCCCCCCCCCCCCUCUCUCUCUCUCUGAAUAUGUUGGAUGCAGCUUUUCAAUGUAUGAAGUAUUUUAUAAAUAUUAAUAAUCUGUGAGUUUCUCAAAUGAUGCAAAAGUGUAAAAAAAACAAGAUUUUUUUUUAAUUCUGUUCCUCGACUUUGGAGCCGCUCCCCUGUUCGACCCCCCCGGGUGGAGAUAGUGGCGUUUAAAAGACGAGCGCUCGAUUCGUCCCUUUAAAAAAAAAACUUUGAUGACCGUGAAGAAAGAAAAAAGUCUUUUUUUUUUGUCGUUGGAUUUCCAGAACUCCGCCCCGAUCACUCCACCCCACCUGGAAGGCCCCUCCGGGUGUCUGAAUCAAGCGCUCCUCUGUUUCCUGGCUCAGACUGUGUGUUGCAGGUUUUCCUGAGUGUUUUUAUUUGUUUUGUUUAUUUGUUGAUGACUUUGAAAUGUGUAUGGAGGGGGGGGGGAGGGGUUAAAGGCAUAUUCCGUAUGUAGAUAGAAACUUGUUUUAUUUUAUUUACCUGAGUCUGUUCUGAGUUUAAGAUGAAAAUAUACAAGAUGAGAGAGA